GUGAUGCACUCACUCAAAAUAUAUAAUCUCCGCAGCUUUCACCCCUUCUGCUUGGUUCUAUUAUUUCGAAGUUCUAACCUGCAGCCCUCCCCUGUAAUCUCAGAAAAGCUGAGCUAUUAGCAGCGAUGGCUUUUCGCUCCAGAGGUGACCAUUCCAUGCUCUUUCCUCCCUCUAGAAAAUAAAAACUACUGACUACCACCACGAAAGCCAUAUUAGUCAACUUUACAUUCCUCUCUUCUCUGUCAUCCACCUCCUCUUUCUUCAUAGCCUACGUUUUCUACCCAUUUCCUCCCAAUUCUCAUCCAGAGCUACCUGCUUCGUUUUUCUUGUCGAGCCCUUUUUAUUAAAUUCGCAUCUGGUACUUUCAGUUUUACGCAAUUCUUCAAACCUUCCCUUCAACAGCUCCAAUCUUUAAAGGCGACGACUUUCCCCGACCUCCAUUGGAAACAUUACAUGGACCGACUUUCCAUCACUCCACUGCCGAUGGCAGCCGCGAAAGCUAUCACCGGCGAGAUUUCCGGUUUCAUAAACAACUCUCUGAGUUUCAUGCCUACAAACUGUUUGAUACCAUUCCCAACUGAUCCUGGAUUCACGGAAAGGGCUGCGAGAUACUCUUCCUUCACCUCUGGAAACUACGGAGAUGCUAAAGUUGGCAUCUUGGAGGCCGGUAAGCUCUCGAGGGUCUCGAGCUGCCAGUCUCUAAAGUCAAAGGAGAAUUCGUCUGUGACGGAUAUUGGUUCGAGACCUGGAGAGAAUAAUGCCAGGAAGAGGAAGACAGUGCCGAAGAGCAAAGCAAAGGUGUCUGAGGAGAGCAAUUUAAACGUGAAGAAAAACCGGUCGGCUGAGACUGGUGAUGAAAAGGUUGGAUUUGAGUUUAAGGAAGUACAUAAUGCUGAGGAAAAGAAGGGGAAGGAUAAUAGCUCGGAGCUCCCUGAGCCUCCCAAAGGCUACAUCCAUGUCAGGGCAAGAAGAGGCCAAGCCACUGAUAGCCAUAGCCUUGCUGAAAGGGUUAGAAGAGAGAAAAUAAGCCAAAGAAUGAAAGUGCUUCAAGAUCUUGUUCCAGGUUGCAACAAGAUAACUGGUAAAGCACUCAUGCUUGAUGAGAUAAUAAACUAUGUGCAGUCAUUACAGCGUCAGGUUGAGUUCCUUUCGAUGAAGCUAGCCACAAUGAAUCCCCGGUUAGAUUAUAAUUUGGUCAACCUUGUCGCGAAGGAGCCUCUUAUGAGCCAAACAAAUGCUUCUUUGCCAAGCUCGGUUCACGCCUUCAGCAAUUUAGCUUGUAUUUUCCAGUCGAAAGGCGUGACCAAAGGCAUGGAGACUCAGAGCUCUUUGAGCCAGCUCAAUUAUAAUUUUUAUCAAAGUCCAUACUUGCAGCCAGCUUCCAUUGAUGCUCUUGGAGCUUCUUCUUCUCAGCUUGGAAUUCUAUGGGAUGAUGAUCUUCAUAGUAUUGUUCAGAUGAGCCCAGUGCAGAACCAGGAUAGUGGAUUUACCUCUCGAAACUUUCAUGGCCGAUCAGCAACAAUUAACAUGAAGGCUGAGCUCUGAUUGUGUUCGGCUUCAGUUAUAAUUUAAGAUCUCUUUCUAUGUAUAUAGUGAUGUCUACUUAAGUGUCAAUAUGAGGAGUAAAUUAACAAUUUUUAGUCGUUCCUGAAACUCUCUUCUGCUCUAUUUUUUUUCCUUGAAGUAACUCAUUAUUUUUUUUUUUAAGGAAACUUAUAUUUAUAAUUAUUAUGGCAAUAGCAUUAUGUG